GUUCAAGCAAUGAAGAAAAUUUGUUUUAAUGUUAGAAUAAGAUCUGUUUAUAGUGGUCCCAUAUAAAAAUUUGUUACAACAAUAAAUGAAUAUUGAUUGCUGAUAUUAUUUCUUAUAUUUUAACUUGACCUAAUUAUAGCAUAUGUGUAACUGUAAAAUGUAACAAAUUAAUGUGGUAAAUUUAAAGUACUGUGCACAGUAAUUCAAUAAAUUAUCAAGGUUCUGAUUUUUGUAUUUAAACGUGUUACACUAUUUUAUAUCUGUGCAAGAGCAAAUAACAAUCUCCAAAACAUAUUAUGAAACGUGGAAUAAACACAAGUAUAAAGACCUUACAGUUUUUUUUUCUAAGAUGGCCUUACAGGCUUGUGAAGCAAAUAAAUAAGUUUCCUAUAGUUUCUACAGUAAACUGUGAAAAUAAAUAGCAAUUAUCUAAGAGACAUAUAUGUAGUUGAUCCAUAUACCAGAAACAAUGCAAACAUGUAAUAAAGUCCUGAUAAUGUACUGUACAUAUCUCUAUAUAUGUAGGCUUAAAUGAUUACACUGUGCGUUCGAUUAUCAGAUGUUUAAGCAACAAGUGUUGAAAAUAACAGUCAAUUUUUAAUAGCAUACAUUUGAGAAGCAAACUUUGUAAUAGAUUUUAUUUUCACCGAAAAUAUUUAUCAUUAGCGUCAUUACGAAUGUAAAACGUGAUACGAUACUGACUAUAUAUAUGUCACAACAUGUAAAUAUGUAGAUAAGUCUGGAGAAGGCAUUUGAACGAUUGGUGCAGCGCGGAACGCAAGAAAUUAACGAAGAAAAUAUUUACACAAUAUAUUUCGUAAUUUCUUUUUUCAAUUAGUAAUUUUUUUCAUAAUUGUACUUUGUACUAGUUAAGAAUGGCUCCUAGAAAAAAUAUUCUGGAUCUACUCCAAGUUGUUUAUUCACAAUCAUGCAAAUGUCCAGCUCAUGGAAAUCCAGGAGGCACAACCAUGCAUGAAUUAACAAAAGCUUGCAGUACAGUAACAAAUACCACACCAACAAAAGAAUAUGCUUUUGAGAUGGCUUGUUCAACAGUACGAUAUGGUGUUGGUGUUACCAAAGAAUUGGGCAUGGAUAUGCAAAAUUUUGGUUCAAAAAGUGUUUGUUUAAUGACAGAUUCAAAUCUAGUAAAUCUACCACCUGUUAAAACUGCUAUGGACAGUCUUACUAAACAUGGUAUUCAAACUACAGUCUAUGAUAAUGUACGUGUUGAGCCUACAGAGCAGAGUCUUAAAGAUGCUAUUGAAUUUGUUAAGCAGAAAAAUUUUGAUGCUUUCAUAGCGGUAGGUGGAGGUUCAGUUAUGGACACUUGUAAGGCAGCAAAUCUUUAUAGUUCUGAUCCAGAAGCAGAUUUUCUAGAUUAUGUAAAUGCACCCAUUGGUAAAGGAAAACCAAUUUCAGUAUCAUUAAAACCUUUGAUAGCAAUACCAACUACAUCUGGUACAGGAUCAGAAACAACUGGUGUUUCUAUCUUUGAUUAUCAACCACUUCAUGCCAAGACUGGGAUUGCUAACAGAGCUCUGAGGCCUACUUUGGGUCUUAUUGAUCCACAUCAUACCUUGAGCAUGCCAGAAAGAGUUUGCGCUUAUUCUGGUUUUGAUGUACUUUGCCAUGCCCUUGAAUCUUUUACUGCAUUGCCAUACACAGAAAGAACACCUUGUCCUCCAAACCCUAUUCUUCGACCAGCUUACCAAGGUAGCAACCCCAUCAGUGAUGUGUGGUCAAGAUACGCUCUUCAGAUAAUGCGCAAAUACUUUGAAAGAGCAGUUUACAACCAAGAUGAUCUGGAAGCCAGAAGUUACAUGCAUCUUGCAAGUACUAUGGCAGGUGUUGGAUUUGGUAAUGCUGGAGUUCAUCUGUGCCAUGCAUUGUCUUAUCCUAUUAGUGGAAAUGUACGAAGCUUCCAACCUGAGGGUUAUAGCAAAGACCACCCUAUAGUACCGCAUGGUCUUUCAGUUGUUAUAUCAGCACCUGCAGUAUUUUCUUUCACUGGAGAUGCCUGUGCAGACAGACACUUAGAAGCUGCUGAAUUACUUGGAACUGAUACUCAUAAAGCAAAAAGAAGUGAUGCAGGAAAAAUCUUAGCAGAUACUGUAAGGAAGUAUAUGCAAACAAUGAAAGUUGAAAAUGGUUUAACAGAAUUAGGAUUCAAGAAGGAAGAUAUUCCUAAUUUAGUUGAAGGCACAUUACCACAGCACCGCAUUACAAAACUGGCCCCACGAGAACAAUCUAGAGAGGACCUUUCACAAUUAUUUGAAAACUCAUUUACAAUUUACUAAGAAGAAAAUAAUUUAUGUUACAGCACUUGAUACAACUGAAUCCAAAUAAAACGUUAAUUUUUAAUAGUUUUAA